CCUGUUUCUUGAUGCGGCUCAGCCUGGGUCCAGGAUGCUGGAUUUCUUUCACCAGAAUGACUGUGAAAUAGGAUUAGGUUUUCUUGUUUCACACUUCCCUGCUCCUGGGGUAGCUACACCUACGUCCUGUCCCAGCAUCCUAUGUACUAUAGGAUACGUCCCACCCUGGUCCUCGCGCGCAUCUCUGCUCUUGGCGGAGCUUUCAAUGGCCAUUCAGUUCUCCAGCAGCCUUCAGCCACGUCAUGACGGAUACAACCCAGAAGAUCGACCCGGUCGCCAGUAAGAAGUCACCCGAAUUGGCAAGGAAGAACUUGCAGGCUGUUCUCUUCAAGAUUCAAGAUCUGGGUGUGACGCGCCGCAGUCUACGAUUUCUUCAGAUUUAUUUUCAACUUCGACCUAUCAAGUUGACCUUCGGUAAAAGGAAUUCUUGUCUGACCAUUCUGCUCCUGUGGAUACUUUACUGCUUGGCUCGUAAUUCACUGAUGGCUACUCGAUACACCAGGUGUCUCUUCGAGUUUCCCAGUUUCACGCAGAAGAUCUUCAGACCGGCAGAAGAUUGUUCCGUGUGCUUGGAUGUUAAAGAAGUUGAAAAAUUAUCUGGUGUCGAUCCAGCAUUCUUUGAAGAACGCUACGCCUAUUCGGGACGACCCGUAGUGAUAACGGAUGCGACGAGCAAUUGGACAGCUCCCCAGGUCUUCAGCUUCUCUUUCUUCAAGGACCUCUACGAGGGUCAAGUAUCCAAUUGUCAGUUCUUUCCGUACAAAACUGAAUUUCACAGUCUCCAGGAAGUCCUGAACAUGAGUAGAAGUCGAGCCCAACUGGAAGCUGGUACCAAAUCCUGGUACGUCGGAUGGAGUAACUGCGACGAGAGAACCGGAAAUGUAUUACGAGAGCAUUACGAUAGACCGUACUUCCUGCCAGCUACAGCUGAGAGCGAGAAGACAGAUUGGAUCUUCAUGGGUAGCCCUGGUUAUGGUGCUCCGAUGCACGUCGACGACGUUGAGCAUCCAUCCUGGCAGGCUCAGCUUCGUGGCAGGAAGCUGUGGAUCCUGGAGCCACCCCGGGAGUGUCACUAUGUCUGCAAUCGGUUGGAGGUUUACGUGAAUCCUGGUGAAAUCAUUAUCCUAGACACAAAUCGCUGGUAUCAUCAAACUCUCAUCGUUUCCGAGGAUAUGAGUAUCACCAUAGGAGCGGAGUACGAUUAGCUUGCCAGUGAAGUCAUCGACUAGGUCAAAGGAGCACCCUGAGGAAUUCUCUGCGAAAUAAAUGAUCUCGUUGCACGAGGUGUACUUACUAUUUA